UGCCCUACUAUGUUCCUGCUCCUUCUUUCACCAAAAAUGGAGAUGACUCAUAUAUACCAAAUCAAGCGAAACAAGGUCUCAUAAAGCCAUCGACUAAGAAUACAUCGUUUGCGCUUCGAUUGCUCUGUCCUCCGGCAUCUUUUACCCCUGUUCAUCUUCAGACAUAUAUAAAAAGAUCGAGCGUUCGCUGAUUUAUGAAGGGAGAUGCGUAUAUAAUGUUGUUGCGCAGUAGUGGCGCAGCAGCGAGGGUGUUCCUGAACAUCCAGUAUUUGAAUUCAAACACAGAAGCGAUGCAGUUGCGUUGACAUUUGCUGCGGCAAGCACGAAAAUGAUACUUAAAAACAGCGAUACUUUUCUGUUGUGUCUAGUCCAUCUACAGACUAAAAUUCCUCUUGUAUAUACGCUGUAAAACAUGCUGUUGCCGUCUUUAUCGCAGGUUGUGAUCGGAGCCUUGUGUACCUUGAUCCCUGCUACAGCAGCCUCCGGAAGAAGCGCGACUGGAAGCCCCAUUGGUCUUUACGAGGAACUCGGCCCUCCAGCGUUCAGAACGCCCAAGAAUAUUUUAUUUGGUGUUACUUUAGGUGGUUCCUCUCACGCAUCGUGGGUCACGCGCAUUCUUAACGAAUUGUCUUUGCGUGGACACAAUGUGACAUAUGCCGGAACUGAUAUCUAUUUGAAGCAUGUCAAAGGAUUUCCCCAAAUCAAUCUUGUUGAUCUAGGCGAGUCUGUUGAAUCUAAAAUGGACAUCACCAACAUGCAAAAUCCAAGAACCUGGGACGAUCGUCGCAACGAGAUCAAGGUAGAUCUUGAGAACUAUGAGCGUAUCUUCCAGCCUCUGCAAGAAGCUAUUGCUACUCAAAAUAUCGACCUUGUUAUGGCGGAUUCUUUUACCACUGCAGCCUUCGACGCCGCUCAGGAGGCUAACAUCCCAUCGGUUGUCACUAUGUUAAUUAACUUGGCACCAGAUGCGCUCACUCCUUACAUCAACAAGGAAAUCGAUCUGGGUGGCGAACCUACUUCAGAACAUAUGUCCUUGCGAUUCCGGUUUUACAAGAAAUUCAUCUAUCCACUCGAAGUAUACUGGAAUUUGCGAACGUUACGAGAACAAUACACUCAACUACGAGCUUCAUUCAUUGGUGCUCUCCCAAAAGAUAAAUGGCUCGACUCGCUCAAGAUUGUAAACAGCUUUUACGGCAUCGAGGAAGCACGUCCCAUGGGUCCUCUCGUGGAAAUGGUCGGUCCCAUCUUUAACGGCCACUACGAUCCCUUGACGGCUGAUAUCCAACAAUUUCUCGACGCACGCAGCCGCGUUCUUUAUGUCGCAUUCGGACAAUUCGCAGCAGGCGAAACAAACGAAACGGAACGUAUUUUGGUCGAGCUUUUGCAGAUUUUGGAAGACGGUCUGAUCGAUGGACUUUUGUGGGGUGUUAGCAGCUCCACUACACGCUUACCAGAAACUGUGACCACAUCUUCUGGACAAUCCUAUGUGGUUGCUGAUUUGUUAUCAGGAAAGCACGCAGACGUACGAAUGCCCGCGUGGGCUCCACAGUUCCCUAUCCUACAACACCCUUCCGUUAUUACUUUCCUUUCUCAUGGCGGCGGCAUGUCUGUGUUCGAAGCUCUCUUCGCUGGCACACGUACUGUGAUCAGACCGUUCUUUGGUGAUCAGCCUGCACAUGCCCUCCACUAUGAACGCGAGGAGUUGGGUGGCUACUUGGACAUGGAUAAGGACGACGCCUUCAAUGCGCUACGCCGUGUUAUUCAAGACAAGGAUGGCGUUUAUCAGAAAAAUACCAACCGCUACCAGGCUAUCGCUCAACUCCGUGCACAACACGCAGUUUCGCGAGGCGCUGAUUUGGUCGAAGAAGUUUUGUUCUCUAGCAAGGACGGCGUUUUGCCACAUCGUCAGGACGUUGCCGGAAAGAUAAAUUUCUUAAAGGCAAAUGACUAUGAUUUAUACAUGUACAUUGCUACAGUGCUAGGUGGAUUUGGUUUAGUUGUUCGGUUUUUGUUUAGUAAGCGAGAUAGUUAUAACAAAACAAUUGCACAGCGAAAUAAAUUGAAGCAGAUGUAACAGUCUGUCUAAUAAUCAUGUAUCUAUUUGAAUAAAAUA